CCGUACAAACAAUGGCGGCCGAGUUAGAGAAGAUGGUAUCUGACGAACGCAUCCCUGCUUCUAGGGACGUCGCCAGUGAGCUUCAGGAAAUUCAUCAACUUCGUCGAUUCUUUGAGAGAGACUUGGAUGAGCUAGCUCCUAAAAUUGACAGCUACAAGCAGCCUCCUCGAUUAUACUUAGAAGAAUAUCAUGAAUUGACUGAGAAAGUCAGUGAAUUGUCUGCUAAAGAAAAGUUAUUGACCAAAGUUGUUGUUGAGUCAACACCUGACCAUCAGAAAGGAAGGGAGUCUCCCCUGAGGUCACACGUAAGGGCAUAUUUGCCCCACAAACAGAAAUCAACGGUUGUCGUCAGACCAAAUGUCACUGUUCAAGAAGCUUUCCAGAAAGCAAUGCGCAUGAGAGGACUAACAUGUGAAACUUGCUUAGUAUAUCGUCUUGAUCAUAGGAUGUUGAUUCCGUGGGACACGAAACUAACAGAACUUGAUGGAAAAGAGAUAUCUGUUGAGUAUCGUGAAGAGUUUCAGUAUGCUACUACAAUUGCACAUAAUUUUGUUCGUAAGACAUAUUUUACCCUUACCUUUUGUGACAUCUGUCGUGGUCUGCUUUUAAAUGGAUUUCGAUGUCAAACGUGUGGGUACAAAUUUCAUCAGCGAUGUGCUAGCAAUGUUCCCACUCUUUGUACUCAUUCGGAUCCCGACAAUUUUUACAGGCAACUGUUGGCUCGGAACAAUCCUGAACAGCAGCUGGUCAGGAGCAGAGGACAAGAUGCAGAUGCAGAUGCAGAACUUGAAGAAGUGGAGAGUCCUCUUGAUGUUGACACUGUUGAGCUGCGGCGGCACUCCAACGAUAGUCAGGAUAGUGAUAAACUACUCAUGAGGGAAAGAACUCACUCGGCACCUAAUGUAACAUAUGUUCAGAUCACAAAACACAAAAUAGAACAUCGGCUCAAACAUUCCGUGUCUUUAGACACUUCGGCAGCACAGGCUGAUGAUCGUCAUGUUGAUUCUGGCAGGAGAGCAGCAACUCUCUCUUCUACAUCAGCAAGUAGAGAAGUUGACAAGUUUAACACACUUCCUUCACUAUCUAGUGAAAGUCUUUUGUCUUCUAAUCACGGUCGUUCUAGUCAACAUAAUAUACCUCCCACUACUCCACCUGCCAGCCUCAGUGGUGGUCCAACUCCUUCUCCUCCUGUCAGUUCAAUGAGAGAAACGGAUAUCUUUAUGCCAACUAACGUAGUGGGAAGACUUCGAAGUUCAAAGUCAGUCGAUCUUGGACAUGGCAAAGAGAAGCAUGCAAGACCAAGAUCUAAGACAGCCCCAGAACAGAAGAGUAGUAAGCAGCGUUCGAGACAGCCCAACGAUGAAUGGGAAAUUCCUGACGAAAUUGUGAUUGGUUCAAGAGUUGGUUCUGGUUCAUUUGGAACGGUAUUCAAAGGACAAUGGCACGGUGCUGUUGCUGUCAAGAAACUUAAUGUACACGAACCGACCCCUUCACAACUACAAGCAUUCAAAAAUGAAGUUAGUGUCUUGAGGAAAACUCGUCAUGUUAAUAUUGUGUUGUUCAUGGGGUGGAUAUCACGACCAUAUUUAGCUAUUGUGACUCAGUGGUGUGAAGGCUCGUCUCUCUACAAACACUUACACGUUUUUGAAACAAAGUUUGAAAUGCUGCAGUUGGUUGAAAUCGGUAAACAAACUGCACAAGGCAUGGAUUAUCUACAUGCUAAGAAGAUCAUUCACAGGGAUCUUAAGUCGAACAACAUAUUCUUGCAAGAAGACUUCACUGUGAAAAUUGGCGACUUUGGUCUUGCCACUGUAAAAACUCGCUGGAGUGGAGAGCAUCAAUAUGAGCAGCCAACCGGUUCAAUUUUAUGGAUGGCCCCAGAAGUGAUCAGAAUGCAAGAUCCAACACCAUACAGCACUAAAUCUGAUGUUUAUGCAUUUGGCAUUGUGAUCUAUGAACUGGUUACUCAGACUCUGCCAUAUCAGCAUAUCAAGAAUCGAGAUCAGUUGAUUUUUAUGAUCGGACGGGGCUAUCUCAAGCCAGAUCUUGUUAACGCUCGUAAAGAUACACCAAAAGAUCUUCGACGUGUGUUUGCUGACUGUGUAAAGACAAAAAGGGAAGAACGGCCAGAAGUCCGACAGAUCCUUGCUCAGUUGGAGAGUCUAGUCCAUUCUAUUCCAAAAAUACAACGCAGCACAUCAGAGCCGUCGCUCAACAGAGCAUAUGUGCAAUCUCAAGACAUGCUCGGGUCGUGCUCCAGUCCUCGAUCUCCUCUGGGGAGUCCUACUCCUAAUCUGCCACCCUCUUCCUUUUUCCAAACUUCACAAUAUAUGUGAUUAAAUAUCUAGCGAUCAAUUAAUUAAUGUAAAAUUAGUUGACAGUAAUGUCUAUAGCUAUUUUGUAGUAAUAGUCUGUAUACAACAAGUAGAGUGAGGACUUGGUUCCACUGACUACUCAUGCCUUGUUCUACAAGCGCUGGCCAAUUUUUUCCAAGAUGACACGAGUCUGUAGUUAGCAUUUCAUAAUAUAUGCAAUGUUGCUUGUCUGUCUGUCUGCCUCUCUGUCUGUCUGUCUUUAAUAGUAGUUCUCUACUGAAUACAUCAUCAAAGCUAGUACAACAUAACUCGCACUAAAACAUACUAAACAUAACAAUACGAGUCUA